CGCGGGUCAGACCCGGCAGACCGGUCCGAGAUCGGGCAGAGGGGAGAGGAGCGAGGAUUACUUGUAGAAUUAGGAAGCGGGGUCCCAGACCCCUCUCACCUGCAAGGUGCACAGGUGCCUGCAGCCAGGAAGGUCUCCACGUGGGCUCGGUGGAGAAUCCCCGCGCUGGGGAUCAUGGCGGGAGUCGAGGCCCCGCAGCCCCAGAAGCGCUACUAUCGGCAACGUGCUCACUCCAACCCCAUGGCGGAUCAUACGUUGCGCUACCCUGUGAAGCCAGAGGAGAUGGACUGGUCUGAGCUAUACCCAGAGUUCUUCACCCCACCGACUCAGAAUCAGAGCCACGAUGACCCAAAGGAUGAGAACGAAAAGAGAGUUCAGGCUCAAGUGGAGUUUGCAGACAUAGGCUGUGGCUAUGGUGGCCUGUUAGUGGAACUGUCACCGCUGUUCCCAGACACGCUGAUUCUGGGUCUGGAGAUCCGAGUGAAAGUCUCAGACUACGUACAAGACCGGAUUCGGGCCCUACGAGCAGCUCCUGGAGGUGGCUUCCAGAACAUCGCCUGUCUCCGUAGCAAUGCCAUGAAACACCUUCCUAACUUCUUCCGCAAGGGCCAGCUCACAAAGAUGUUCUUCCUCUUCCCUGACCCACAUUUCAAGCGGACGAAGCACAAGUGGCGAAUCAUCAGUCCGACACUGCUUGCAGAAUAUGCCUACGUGCUGCGAGUUGGGGGGCUGGUGUACACCAUAACAGAUGUGCUGGAGCUGCACAACUGGAUGUGUACCCAUUUUGAAGGACAUCCCCUGUUUGAGCGUGUGCCUCUGGAGGAGCUGAGUGAAGACCCCAUUGUGGGACAUCUGGGCACCUCAACCGAAGAAGGAAAGAAAGUGCUACGCAAUGGAGGAAAGAAUUUCCCAGCCAUCUUCCGAAGAAUACAGGAUCUCACCCUCCAAGCAGUGACCCCCAGUCUCACCCGUCCUGGUCCCCAACUGCAUACCAUGCCUUAGCUGGACCGCAUCUUCCAGGGACUAGAAAGAAGAUCAGGCCCUCUGGACUUUCCCAGCUGAGAUGGCUGGAGCUGAGAGGCAGCAUCUCUCCAAGAAGUUGGGGAGCUGCCCAGGGCAGAAUUCUGGUGUUCACAACUACCCCUGACUCCUCUCACCUUCUUGCCCCCGCUGCCAGCAGAAAGCAAAAGAAGCUGGUUGGGAAGGUCAAAAGGCCUUGGACCAGAAGGGAUGUUUGGAAGGGUACAGGGUCUUGCUCUUCCCUAGCACUCCCUUCUCCUGGGAUCUGUCCUCAGCUGGAGUGAGGAAUGCAAUUCUCCACGAUCUCUCUAAACUGCCUGCUAGGCUCAAA